ACUUAUUUCGAUAAACAUGUUCUUGUUCAAACACUCUAGAGUUACUUCCCCUAAUAACCCGGUUGGUUCAGUUUUUCGCUUAACAGUUAUAAACUUUCUGUCCCAACAGCAACUUUUACAAUGAAGCCACUUGAUGAAAAUAUUGAAACUGCUUCUGACGGAGAAAAUGGCUCUUCAUUUACACAUUCGGAAAAAAUUGCAGAUAAUCAAAAAUUCAAUGUUGAAGUAUUAAAAGCUGUAAAGGAUGGUGAUACAUUAAAUUUUACCAUAAAAUCACUAAAGGGAGAUAAUGAAGAAGCAUUGUCGUUGCAAAGAUUUUAUGAAGAUUUUGAAUGGUUGCAUCAUUGUCUCACUACCCAGAAUGAUACAAGUGGUCUCAUUGUGCCGCCUCUUCCAGUGAAGCCAGAAAUAGAUGCAAAAAGUGCUGAAAAUAAAUCUAGGAGACAACUUGGAAGUGAUACAAACAUUCUUAUUGGUGAUGAGUUUCAAAAAGAAUGUCAAAAUGUAGAGAAGUACUUGCGUUUGAUGCUGUCACAUGAUGUAUUUCAGAAGGACCAACAAUUGAUAAAAUUUCUGUCAGAAGUUGAGUUAACACAGGAUGUAGAUGAAUAUUUCCAGAAAACUCGUGACUGGGCUAACAACUAUACUGCUUUAAUGAAAGAGACAUCAGAGAAUUACAACAAAAUGGUAUAUGCCCAAUACAGAUUGGCUGGUCAUCAUUGCCACUUUUCAACAACUCUCAACCAGACUGGACUGUAUAAAGAUGUUGAAACAAUAAAAACUAAUAGGAUUAUGGCAUGCUUUAGCUUAAGCCUGGAUGAUUAUAAGCAUGAACUUGAAGUAUUAGCCAACAAAGAUGAACAGACAUUAGGAUUUCUGCUGGAACUGUAUGCAAGGUAUAUGGAUUCAGUCAAAGAGAUGUUAUUCCGGCGUACAUGUCUCCUUGUUGAUUUUGAAAAUGCUAAUCGAUUGUUGGAAAAGGCAAAACCCCCCAAAAAACAACAAGCUGAAGAAAAAAAGGAAAGUUCUUGCAAAGCAUUUGAAAGUUGUUCUGAAGUUGCACAGAAUGAGCUGAAAUCUUUCAUAAGACAAAGAUUGACAGAUUCACAAGAAGGCUUCAUUUCUUUUGCUGAGACACAAAUCAAAACUGCUCGUAACACAUAUGCAUUACUGGCAAAACAUGUGAGAGUUAUUAAAGAAAUAAACUAAGCUGCCAUGUUCUAUAACGUAAAAUAUUUGAUAAGUUUCAUUUCAAAAUUUUAUUUUUUAAUAUGAAUGUUUAAAUUGAUUAAAAACAGAAACCAUGAUAAAUAUAUAUAUAUAAUUUUAAAAGCUUAUUUUUAAAACAAAUUUUUUAAAAUUAAUAUUAUAAAAAAUAACGGAAGUAAAAUGAAAAGUUUUACUGCAAUUUAAUUUUGAUCAUAAUGGUAUUUCUAAUUGCUACUUCUCUUCCACAUGCCUGAUAUGUAUGAUUUAGAAAAUAGUGUAAUUUUUGUUUUGUUGCUUAUUGUUGUUUGUUUACUGUUUUGUUUCUAAUUUUUAUUAUUAGUACUGGAAUAGUAGUAACCCAGAAUUUGUCAGAAGAGUUUAUUAGCCUUAAAAAUUGACAAAGUUUGAAGAAUUUGGACAAGAUUAUAUUUUUUACACUCCAAACAUUCACUUCUCACAGACUACUUUUAAUUAAGGUACAAAGUUUACAGGCUUUGUUUUUAAGGUAGAUGAAAUGAUGUGAAUGGGAAUUAGCUAGCAUAGUUGAAAUCCAGUCAGGUUAAAUGUUUUCAGGACAUUAAUAAAAUAAGGGAAAAUGAUGUUCACUUUCAUCUCUUAACCGAUGAUUGCUGUUGUUGUUUAGAUUCAAGUUAGCCCCAAUCAAAGACAUUCCUGACAUGACCAUAUCAUGUUUCUUUUGAUAUUGUGUAUCUUUGAUUAUCUUAUUCAAUAUAUCCUUACUUUUUUAAAUAGGUAGUGUAUAAUUUGAGAGAAAUUUUAUUAUUUCAAUCAGGUCGAGUAAAGGUAUAGAUGUUCCCUGUCACUUAUAAUAUGACGGUUGCUCAAAUGGCUAUCAACUCAUGGACUAUUGUUGACUAAUGUGUUCUAUGAGGGUAUGAAAUUUUAAACUGUUGUGAUUAUUUUGUGGCUUAACACAUCAUGUAGAAGGCCUUGAUUUUAACAAAAAGCAAAAGUAUAUGCAUGAGUUGUUCUCAGUUAUAUUGCCUGUGUCCAGGAAAUUUGUUUUUGUGGACAUGAAUUCCAAGAUUUAACAUUCAUCUACAUGUGCUUCAGUUUGCCGUUGAAAUAAAACAAAGACCUACCAUAUACACAUAAACCUCUGAUAUUCACUAUAUGAGAUCUGCUUAAGUAUUUUAGAAAAACUCAUUACACUGUGACCAAUCCAUCCACAUUGUGCUUUUAAUAGGAAAGUUUUGAUACUCUGUAAUUGAACUGAUAUCUUUCAACUAAUUUAAUUUGUUGAUCCAUGUAAAAAUCGAUAAUGUUAUUUCUUUUCUUGUGUGAGAGCACAGAAUUUUAAGCUGAAAUCACCUGAGUCUUUUAUAACAUUUAUUUUGUAGUCUUCAUUAAACAAGGAGUAAUUCAUUAACUUACUAGCUUUAGUUAUUUUCACUGACAUCAAAACCUUAAAUCCUCUAACCAUUCAGCUUCAUUUAACAAUAGUUCCUUAACUGUGUUGUUAAUAACUAAAUUCUCUCGAACUUUUUUUUGUAUUAUGUGUGUAUAUGUGUGUUCGUUUUUGUGCGUAGAUGUAUCACAGGUGUAUUGUAAGAGAAAAGUAUUUUAAAUUCUAUUUACCCUUGCUAUGUUUAGUUUUAUAUAUAUUGUCCACAAUCUUGUUUUCUUUGUGGAUAUGGAUUUUUAGGUUUUCAAUUUGUAAUAAUGUGGCCUUUAAUUUCUACCUUCAAGUCAAAUCUUUUACAGAAUCAGUUUUUUUUCCAAUAUUUCUAUAUCUUCUUAUAUAUGUUCCAAUCAAUUCAAUCAAUAUUUUGGUUAUGAUUCUACUAUUGAAGUUUCAUAUUUUUAAAACCAAAGGGAAAAUGCUAGAUAUAGCAUAACCAAAACCACAUUAUUGAUAUCACUAUUAUGUGGUUCAAUUAUACAGGUCUGACAUCAUUAUAUCGACAUCAGUGUCUUAAAAUUCUUAUAAAAUUAACAUUCUGUUCUGCCAGGAGUACUGGGAUAAACUUGAUUAAGUAUAUUCUUUAUAAAAAAAGAAAGAAAAAGCCAGCUUUACCAAAUAAAAUACCUCUACACUUCACAUUUUAUUAGUAUCAUUGAUAUAUUGAUAUUGUUACUUCCAAUGUAAGAUACUAGUAGUGAUAUUAUAUAUAUAAGGAUAAAUAAACUACAUGUCAUAAUUACAUUAGCUCUUACAAACACUGCUACUACACUCAAGCAGAAGUAGUACUAACCCUACUGUUUGUAUGUAACAAAGUACUGCUAACAACAUAAAAAUACAACCGAAAUGCCAAAGUAGAUCUUACGAAGAAUUAGGUUUAUUUUAUGUACUCAGAAGAAAAACUAUCUAUUUUCAAUUUUUUGAUGAUUUUACAGUUAUUGUUUACAAUAAUUAUUUAGCAAAUAAAUUUUAAUACUGUCUUACUGAAAAUGUUUGAUUCUUCACGAGAUUAUAUUUUAUAUUUAGAAGUUUAUAAUUAAACUUGAGAGAUAAACCACUAUAUUGCAAGUUAAUAAAUACUUUACCAUUUUUUUCAUAUUCUUUUCAAUUAUAAUGCAUGUUUAAGUUGAUAUACAAUUUUAUAUGUUUCAGUAUAAUUUUAACAUAAUAUCUAUAUAACAACUUGAAAACCUAAAUUAUAUAUAACGCAGAUCUCUUUAAAAAGAUGUGCCAGAAAUGUUUUUUUUAUUUCACAGAUAAAAAAGAUAUCAAAAUUGAAUGUACAUAACGUUUACCUUCAAUGGUUUUAUUUCUAUAAAUUUGAAACUGUAUUUAAAUAUUUUGUAAAAAUAAAAGUUAUUUUGAACUGUA